CCUUGAUCAUGGACAUCUAUGACCCCUCCAGUACAGCUUAUAAGAAGGCCAAGCGACAAUACCUGAAGACCACAAAAAAUAGAGGUAAAGACUUAGAUGCAGAAUGGACACCAUUUCGAGCAGCAGAGAAAAAAUAUAAAGCGCGAUUCCCCCCGCCCGAUCUUAGCCACGUCCUGGAUUUAACAUCCAUGACUUGGGAUGCUGAGACGCUAGCCAGUGGUAACAGCUUUUAUUGCAACGGGGUCGAGAUCAAACUUCUUGGUCCGAGUGAAUCGACGUCCUCCUGCGUCGGCAAAGCAUUUACAGUCCCCCGCAUCCCAGGUCUUGUUAUACUUCCUUCCUUCGUUUCCCCGCAUGAUCAGCGACAACUGGUGCGAUGGGCUCUUCGUGAUCAUGCACGGCAUCCAAAUGAAACAAACCUUGAUGCUCAUUACAUCCUGCCUGACGAAGGAUUGUGGAAUGCACAUGUUAGCUCAGAUCCGCCUUUGGUCAGAACACGAGCAUGUAUUCCAGAGUCGUCACACACGAAAUACGAAUACUCUGGACCAAGGCAAUUGAUCUCUAACACACCGGCCGAUCCCGCCAAUUUCCAGUCGAUGUUGCAUUUAUCAAAGCCUCCAGCCGUGCCGUCCCCGACUGUUUCGCCAGCCUCACCCACCGCACUUAUUUCGAAGUUGCGCUGGGCAAAUAUUGGAUGGUCAUACCAUUGGGGUAGUAAACAGUACGACUUCACCAAAGGCAAGGGUCGCAUCGACAAUGAUAUCGGAGCCAUAUGCAAGCGGGCUGUCUGCAGCGUUAACUGGGAAGAGGUAUUUGGUCAAACGGAUGAGGAAGGAUGGGGUGACGAAAAUUGGAGAACUUGGCAUGAGACAUAUGAACCUGAUGCUGGCAUUGUUAAUUACUAUCAAAUCAAGGACACCCUCAUGGCACACGUAGAUCGCUCGGAAGUUUGUGCAACAUCACCUCUAGUUUCGAUAUCGCUGGGCAAUGCCGUUAUCUUCCUCAUCGGUGGUCUCACCCGAGAUGUGGAACCAACGGCGAUUCUUCUUCGCUCGGGAGAUGUUGCGAUCAUGUCAGGACCUGCUUGUAGACGGGCCUAUCACGGUGUUCCUCGUAUCUUGGAGGACACUCUCCCCAAUCACUUCUUCCUAAAUUUGGAUGACGAAGGAUGCUCGAGUUGGACACCAUAUGAAUUAUACAUGCGGACAUCUCGCGUUAAUAUCAAUGUCCGACAGGUCUUUCCAAAGGGGUUUGUGCCUAACCUGCAAGUGGAGAAAUGACGACAUCUUUACGUUGGUACACCACUGCAAGUCUGCGUGACUCCAGCUAUUUAAAGUUCUUUAACUACGCAUCACUGAUUAUCGAUGGCGAUGGAGGGCGUCUUUCUCUCUGACAGGGCAUGAGGAUGCAACGAGGACGAUGUAUUCCAAAUUACUUUCAGGUUAGGGUUAGGCCAAGACAAUGACAAUGUAUUUCAGUACUUGAAUCGAUCCG